GUUGCUGCUGCGGUGGUCUUUGGAGGACUACCGGAGGAGUGCGACGUUGCUGAUGCACAGUUUGGUUUUGCUACAGCCCGCUCUGCAGCCGACCCUUCCCAAGAGGCUCGCCUACGAGCCAUCGAGGCUUCGAUUGAUAAGCUCUCCCGCGCCGUCUCCGCAGCCGUUGGGGCCGGCGCUCCAGGUGCAAAGGUUGCUGCCUCUACCAAGCAAGGUGCCAAGGCUAAGACGAAGGUAGGCCGUCCUCCUGAGUCGGUGCCGGGCACCCCGAUGCCAAGGGGCACCGCGCGUGAGGUCCCAGGCCUUGACCCUGCUGUUGUUCGGGCUGCCUUGGACGCUGGAAUCGAAAAGGGCCAGCUCGAGGAGCUGAAAGGCCUGUUGGGUGAGAAGCGUUCUGCCCUUCGCGACUUCCCGGCUCAGAGGAACGAGCUUGACGAUGCCGAGGGCCUUCUCCGGGGUCAAGAGUUCGGGGGAGCUUCUGGUUCUGAAGCGCCUUCUGAAGGUGUUGCUGGUGCUGGGGUUGCCUCCUCUCCGGUUGAGCAUGCCGUUGUCGCGUUGACAAAGAUCGUCAGCGAGCUCUCUCGAGGCCGGCGGGGCCCCGACAAGACGAACCUAGAGGCUGCGCUGGACAGGGCCGAAGGCUUCAGUACUGGGGCCGAGGGGUCUCUGAGCUCUUCUUCUGGGUCCCGCUCAAAGUCCACCGCCUACCGUGUCUUGAAGGAUGCGGUCAGAAAUGACCCGGCUCAGGUUUACAGCAGCAUCGAGCGCCUCCUCGAGGAGGAUUUGCUGCACAGGCAGCUUGACGCUGGGCUUGCCGAUGCCAAGGCCACCUCGCGUGGCUGGCUAGAGCAUCGCUCGCAUCUCUCCUUGUAUCCCACAACGGUGCGUCUCCUGUGGGCUAUCACGGGAAUUUGGGACUGCCUCAGAUCUGACCGCCCCGACGAAGCCCGUGCUCGGGCAGCCUUGGCUGUGGCUGCCGCGGACCAGCAGGCGUUGGACGGGGGAAGCUGGGUUCUUGCAGAACACUUCUUGCUUGAGCAGGGGCCUCCGCUUUCGGCUUUCGCUAACCGCAGAAAUGCCCAGCUCGACCCCGUUGAUAGCUAUCACACGAGACUUUUUGAGCCGCGCUGGGCCGAGCUCUGCCUCCACAGAGUUCGUGAGCUUGAGCAGCACCUCGAGGCGAAAAAGAAGCUGGGGGGAAAAGCGCUCUGGCUGCCGCUUUGGGCCGACCCAAUGGCUGCUCCCGGGGCGCUUGCUUCUACAGUGGUCCCUUCGGACCUGUGGCCCUCCUUGGGCGAUUUUCUGCAGCGCUUCCCCGAAGUGCACGGCACCUUCACAACCAGCACAUUCCCUGACUUUGGGCCUGCGUGUCCUCCCUCGUUCUUUCGCCGCUCCCUCGCCGAGGUCGGCCCUUCUGUGUUUGAAGUACAGCACGGCAACCAUGGCGCUUUUGAGUGCAUCGCUAUGGUGCUGGAUUUUCUUUCUUCUGAGCCUUGCCACCGGGUCAAGCGUGGCCCUGGCCGUUCUUUUCUCUGUGCUCCUUUCUCAGGGGAGCUUGCUUCUGCUUCGGCUCGGGCUUGGGCCCGAAUAGCUGAGGCUGUUGACAUGUGGAACUCCCAGCCUCCUGUCACUGCCGGGGAUAUGGGCAGAACUGCAGUUAAGGUCGAGAAGGUUGAGGCCCAGGUCCGUGCUCUGGCUGUGGUCGACCCAAGUGCUCGCUGCUCCUCCCUCCCUGACCUGAACCUAGCAAAGGACGUGGAGGUUUCUCGGGUUAGCCUGCCUCGCAGCCGGCCGGCUUUCGACCCGGCUCCCUUCUUGGACAGGGAUCUUCGCUCGCUGUACCUUAGCCCCAGCCUCCACAGCGUGCCUCUUGAAGAUGCUCCGGCCCCUCCUCCCCGCGUCACUUUCAGGUGUUCCUCAAAAGAUGCCCGGAUGGAUUUGCUGACCGCUUUGGAUGCUUCGGGCCGCCUUCGUCUCUUCAGAGGGGACCUGCAUGACCAUCGCACCGCCUGCGGGCUGUUUGCAAUCCCGAAAAGCACUGAGGCCGAUCGGCUGAUAGUCGAUGCCCGCCCGGUGAAUUUGGUUAUGGCCUCCGACAUGACUUGGCUCGGCACCAUGGGGGCGGCCACUGCAUUGCUUCGGUUCGAGCUGGAGGACUCUGAACAACUUUACCUUUCGGGGGACGACAUUCGUGACUACUACCAUCAAUUCCUGACUACGGAGGAUCGCUCCGCUCACUAUCGAUUUGUGGGCUUCUACUCCCCUUCCUCCCUGCAGCACCUCUCUUGCUUCACAGCCGACCUCUUACAAGCCCCUUGUGUUAUUGCAGCCUUAAACUGCAUGGCCAUGGGAGACGUAAAUGCUGUGUCGAUAGGGCAAGCGAGUCAUAUCGGCUUGGUGCUGGGGGCCGGGGUGGUCUCUUUUGAGCAGUUGGUGUGUUUGCGAAACCCCCCUCCUAGGCAGCCUCUUGGGCUCGGUGUCAUCAUUGACGACUUGAUUGUCAUCGAAAAAGCUGCCAGGGGACAGGACUUUGACCCUCAGACUUGCCACAGCCCUCGCAUCGUUGCCCGGAUGCAUGAGGUCUACUCCUCAGCUCGUCUGCCUCGUCACGAGAAGAAGGGUUUCUUCAUGGAGAGCCGGGCUUCCUUCUGGGGCGCCGACGUCCUCGGCGAUGUGGGGUUUGUUCGCCCGUCUUGGUCCCGUCUGUCCCCGCUUGUUUCUCUGACCCUUGCUGUCUUAGAGCUCCCAGCCUUGACGGUCUCGCUCCUUGAGGUGCUUGCGGGGUCUUGGGUUUCGGUGCUUUCUUUCAGGCGCCGCGCGCUUUGCUUGCUGGACCAGGUCUACUUGCUGCAGCGAGGCCGUGGCCGUCAGGACUUGGUCGAGAGCACUGUCGCCCUUCGAGUUGAGUUGUUUUCGCUGUGUGCUCUCGCGCCCCUCAUCCGCACCGACCUUCGGGCUAAGUCCAGCGGGCUUAUCGUUGCUUCGGAUGCUUCAGACAACUUGGGCGCCUAUGUCACCUGCCGGGUUGCUCCUUGCCUGACGCGUGAGCUUCAGCGCCACGUCCCAACAAAGGGCCUUUGGGCUCGGCUCCUUUCUCCUUCUGACAGCCUGCUGAAGCGCCGUGGCUUCUUACCUCCUGAGAGUGAGCUGCCUGGCCAGGUGUACCGCACGAGCCCUCUUUGGACCCAGCUUGCUCAAGCUCUCUCCUUUCGUUUAGGGGCUGUGUUCCGCAGACGUCGUGCUGAUCACAUAAACCUGAAGGAGAUGGAUUCCUACUUGGCCGUCGAGGCGGCCCUGGGCUUCCGUGACUGGGAGUCUUCUCGCUCCCUUGCCUUACUGGACUCUCAGGUCCAGGGUUUCGACGUUCUUGCUGAGAAGUUCGCCUCUCGUGACACUGCCCCUGGCUUUUACGGCGAGUCCUCUCUUACAGGGCUCCUGGCCACUGCAGCCCUGGAUUUGGGCCUACCGUUCGUUCCUUCCUGCAAAGCUGCUCAAAACGGCAGCUACCUGUGCCUCUACUCGGGUUCAAGAGGUGUGGCAAAGGCUGCCGUCAAGGACUUGCUGGAUCCUCGGUUGCAGGAGCUUCUGCUCAAAAGCCUCGAGGGCCACGCUUUUAGUGCAGUCGUCGGGACCAUCCUACCGGUCUUCCAGAUCUCCCUACAAGCUGCCUUUCCCGUCACUGACUUGGUCCGGAGCUGCCAUGGCCUAGGCUUUUGGGUCUUCGACUGCUGCUGCGCCGACCACCUCGUGCUCCGCGGGCGCGUGGCUGGGACAGCCUUGAACUGGACGAAGGUUGCCGAAAGCCUUCCUCAGCGAGCUUGCGAAGUUUUGGCGAGGGCCCUUUGGACUGCCGUCACUAGGCCGGGUGCUUCUGUUAGCAGCUGCGUGCGCGACGACGCCGACCACAUUGGUGAGGCAAAAGUGCCAGGACCACGGAAGCCUCUUCAAGCCAGGCGCGGCUCUCUCUUCGACGUCGAGCUGGUGGAGCAGAGGACCAUCUCACUUAGAGCACGAGUUUGGGGGGCUUUCGUCGGCUGGCUAAGGGAGAAAGUCUCAAACGAGGCUGUCCUGGCUCUUUUUAGCUGCCCCCCGCUUCUUGCUUUGGUUUUGCGGGACUACGCCGACGAGCUCUACAAAACUGGUGCUUCGCUGGGCUCUUACAGACAGCUGCUGGCGCACGGGCAAAAGCUCCUUCCUUUGCUGAGGCCACACCUUAAACCAGCUUGGGAAAUGGUGUCUCGCUGGGAGGAGAUCCAGCCGAUCUGCCAUCGCACUCCCAUGCCGGAGAUUGUCUUGAAGGCCAUGUGCGGCCUUGCUUUAGCUUUGGGCUGGAAGAGGUGGGCCGCCGCAACUGCAGGCAUCUUUUACGCCAUUAUGAGGCCAGGCGAGCUGCUGCGCAUGAGGCGGCACCAGGUGCUCACCCCGGUCGAUCUCCUUGAGCCUAGCCAUCGUUGGCUCUACCUUCGGGUCGAGAAGCCAAAAAGCCGUAGGAAGUCUGCUAAAGUUCAGCAUGCCAAGCUCGAUGACCUGGUUUGUCUACAGCUGGCCGCCUGGCUUUGGCAAGACCUCCCUUCAGGUGAGCUCUUGUACCCUGGGUCCCCAGCUGUUUACAGGCGUCGAUGGGACGCGCUCCUUGCAAAGCUGAAGAUCCCUGCCUCGGUCAAGCUGACACCAGGUUCUCUGAGGGCCGGGGGAGCCAUCGCCGCCUUCCAGAAAGGGCUCUCGGUCAACGACUUGCUUUGGCGGAU